AUGGACGCCUCCUCCCUCCGCAUCUCCAAGUUCGAUGGAACUAACUUCCACGCCUGGAAGUUCAAGAUGCAGAUGGUGCUGGAGGAACGGGACCUAUGGGAGGUCGUCAGCGGUGAGAUCAAGGCGGAACAGUGCGAGACUCAGUUGGACCAAGCGACGUACAAGAGGAAGUCAAGAAAGGCGAUGGCAGUGAUCUGUCUAGCCAUGGAAGAUUCCCAGCUACCGUUGGUCCGGUCGGCAAGUGGUGCAUGCGACGCAUGGUCAAGGUUGGAAGACCACUUCGAGAAGAAGAGUCUUGCCAACAAGCUGUUCUUGCGCCGUCGCUUCUUCACGACAAUGAUGGAAGAAGGCGACGAUGUGCUCGAACACAUCAACAAGCUCAAGACGCUGGCGGAACAGCUAGAAGCGGUGGGGGCUCCAGUCUGCGAGGACGAUCUGGUGAUCACACUCCUCGGCAGCCUGAGUGACUCGUAUCAAUUCUUGAUCACAGCUUUGGAGUCGCGCUCAGACACUCUUAGCUGGGAGCUCGUGAUGUCUCGACUGCUUCAUGAAGAAAUGAAGCGGAAGGAGCAAGGAAGUAAAGGUGAUGAAGCUUCGCAAGGUCAAGCGUUCAUCACAAGGGACAAUCAGCGCAAAGGGCGACCAGUGAAGAAGUCCUGGCCAUGCCACAAUUGCGGAAAGAUUGGUCACUGGAUGGCGGAGUGCCCCUCGCGCAUCCAAGAAAACACGGAGAGACACCGGCCACAGCGUGCUCAAGACAGCGGCGACCGCUAUCGAUCACAACGUGCAAACGUCGCUCAAGAAGAAGACUCGGGCGACUACCUCUUUUCGAUCGGUGAAACGACAUCUGCGAAAUCGAGCGACAUCUGGCUGGUCGACUCCGGGGCGACGCAGCACAUGACGUGCUCCAAGAAGUUCAUGCGGAACUACAAGGGGUUUGACGCUGUGGAUGUCCAUCUCGCGGAUGAUGGAAUCGUCCAAGCAAUCGGCAGUGGGGACAUUGUCAUGUCGAUGAAGACACCCCAAGGGAUGAAGAAAGGUGUGCUCACAAACGUGUGGCACAUCCCAAAGUUAUCCAGAAACCUGUUCUCGGUCGGCCGCUUCACCAAGGAUGUCGGCCCAGUGACGUUCACGAAGGAUGGGUGCUAUGGAAAAGCGAAAGGGACCAAGUGGAAAAUUGGUGCCCGUGAAGGUAAAGGACUGUUCAAGCUGCAAAUGACUCCAGUGGCGCCGGAACAAGCAAAUGCAGCCAAGUCGUCGGGAUGCCAAGGGGGCACCAAGUCGUACCUCUGGCACCUUCGGCUUGGCCACAUAGGUCACGAUGGACUCAAUUGCAUCGUGACGAAGAACAUUGGAAUUGGCAUCGACAUAUCUUCGGUGAAGAAGUGGGACGUGUGUGAAGGUUGUGCUCUGGGAAAACAGACUCGAGUGCGCUUCCCAAUCAAACACUACAGCUCGCACCUCCAAACUCCUCGAAGUGAUUCACAGCGACGUAUGCGGACCGAUGUCGAUGGCAACUUUCAGUGGAAAACGGUACUUCGUGACAUUCAUUGA